AUGAAUCGGGUCUGGGCUGCGUUCAAGGCUCAUCCGUACAUCAGUAACGUCCUGGGAUACACAACGCUGUUUGCCUCCGCUGACCUCAUACAGCAGAGCGUGCUGGGCGGGAAACGCACUUCAUCCUCAUCAGAGGACUCGGCUGGCAUCGACUGGGGUCAGACGGCUCGAGUGGCGACCGUAGGCCUCUGUUUCCAUGCCAACUUCAACUACCACUGGUUGCGAGGGCUGGAGAGGAUGCUGCCUGGAGGCGGAGUGAAGGCAGUGACGGGGAAAGUUGUGGUGGAUCAGCUGAUCGCAGCUCCUCUCACCAUCAGCGCCUUUUACAUUG